UUUGGCCUCGUUGGAAAUAUCCUCAACGCCGUCGUGCUGUCCAGCCCCAAGUUCAAGGACACGACCAGCUUUCUGCUGCUGAGCCUCUCGGUGGUCGACUUCUUCGUCUCGGCGACCCAUCUCGUUUUCAGAAUGCCCAACAUCCUUUUGUACUUUAACCCGAGGCUGUCGUACACCUUCUAUUGUUUUUACCUGGCCUACGUCUACAUGUGGAAUCAAAUCUUUUUGUUCGUUAGUAUAUUUUAUGUCUCCUUGGUGGCCGUCGAGCGCAUGAUAGCGGUCUGCUUCCCAUUUCACGUUGCGAGGUUGGUAACACGUUUCCGCGUGAGGGUCAUAACUGUUCUGGGGUUCAUCUUCUAUGCCGCGAUAAAUUCUCCUUUUCUGAAUAUGCUGUACACAUCGACUUAUCACGACGGAAAUAACGUGCCGUACACACGAGUAUCUUACACCGAUUUCUACUUGAAGCAUUGGGACCAACUGUUGUACUACAGACUGAUUGUUACGGCACUCUUUAUCUAUGCCCUUCCCAUGAUCCUAAUCAUCGGAAGCACAGUGAUGAUCACGAGCACGAUGGCUCUGAGUUGGAAGAAUCUCAAUAAACUCUCUAACACGAAUUCAUCUAAAAGGCUCAAAGAGAUGAAAUCCACCAAAACUGCUCUCUACGUUUGUCUUUCGAUGAUGAUCUUCAUCUUAAUCCCUUCGUCCAUCUUCGGUAUGCUGAGUUGGAUUAGAGAAGAUUUGUUCCCGACGUACAGAAAAAGAACCACAAUCAUCUACUAUGUGAUGACAAACGUGUUUCAAUUUAACUCUUUUGUCAACUUUAUUAUUUACGUCGCCACAAGUCCUAAAUUUUCCAGACAGUUUAAAUAUUUAUUU